UUAAAGAAAAGAAAACCCCCAGCCACCCCGAAUCAGUCCCACUCCCGUGCGUGCUGGAUAGCUAGGGUUCCCCGCCACCCUCACCGGUCGCCGCCGCCCUCACCGGUCGCCGCCGCCGCCCUCACCGGUCGCCGCCGCCGUCGGUCUGCCCUACAUGGCCGGAGGAUAGGCCAUCCUGCCGGUCCAUUCCCGCCCCACCGCGAGGGAGGAGACCACCCCGGCGACCUCCCCCCGUCCCCACCGCCGCCGCCGCUCAUCCCGGUCCCGUCCUCCUCCCCCGCCUCGCCGCCUCGCCGCGGCGUCCGUCCACCGCCGGCCAGCGAAGUCCCGGGCUCCGAUUCGCGAAAAGGGGUGCUGAAGUUUGUUCCGGCGCCGUGGGAUGAGCGAGGAUGGCGCCUAGGGACAGCAAGGAGAUGCUGCAGCGGGCCGCCGAGUCCGCCAUCCGCUCCAUCGGCCUCGGCUACGACGUCGCCGCCUACGUCCGGCUCAAGUUCUGCAAGCAGCGCGGCUCGCCCGACCCCUCGCUCAUCGAGCUCGACCGCGAUGGGACCCAGGACAUCGUGCUCCCCGGCAGCCUCACCACCGUCGCCGGCGUGCCCAAGUCCAUCAAGUGCGACAAGGGGGAGCGGAUGCGGUUCCGGUCCGAUGUCCUGUCGUUCCAGCAGGUCAGGAGAGCAACAACGCACAUGCAGCACAGAUUUGUGCGUCUUCUCCAUGCAAUCUUGUUUACUUAAUCUUCAGCCUGGGCCAUCUCUGUCACCAACGCCUACAGCCUGGGUAUGAACCUCUCUUCUCUACUUCAUCUUUACUGAAUGUGCGUAUUCUCUGAACCACUUAUUCUUUGUCUACUGAAUUUUAGUGAAUGUGAGAUGUACUCCUGUAAACUGAGAUGUGCUUUUGUAAAGUGUGUUGUCAACUUGUGAAUUUUAGUGAAUGUGAGUGAAAGUUACUCCACAAUGUGAGUAAAAAUGUUGAGCUCCUCUCAUUCUUUUCCCCAAUUCAGUAUUGUUGUGUAGAAAUUGAUUCAAAAAUUCAGUACUCCUAGGCCAAGAGAGAGAUUAUGUUAAAAAUUCAGUUAAGCAGGCAUGGUAAAAUUGAGUUGGAAAAUCAAAAUAAGUGAAUGGAUACUGCUUGAGUUGGAAAAUCAGUGUAAAUCUACUGUAAAAAUUCAGUACUCCUACACUUAGAGAUUAUGUUAAAAAUUCAGUUAAGCAGGCAUGGUACUCUUAUUUUGGAGUAAAAAUUCAGUUUAAAAGUCAGUUAAAAGUCCAGUUUUAGAGCUUGGCUCCUGAUCUGACUAUAAAGUGUACUGCAAGCUUAUUGCUAGCAAGUUUAAAAUUCAGUAAACACAUGAUUCAAUGCACACUUAAUACACAUGACCUGCUUGUGCUUGUGACUGACUUGGACACAUGAUUCAGACACACAUGUAUUCAGACACACAUAGCAGGUCUGAAACUCCUAGGAAAUCAUUUGCAUAUUGUCAACCUACUGUGAAAUGAGUAAUAGCUGCAUCUUCCAGGAUAGUAUGUGGGCCUCCUAAUUAGUUGUAAACCAAAGCACUUAGACAUUUUCAAUCAUGAGUAAAUCAGAAACUAGUCUCAGCUUGAGUAUUGAUCUUGUGCAUUUUCCUUUCUUUUCAGUGAACUAGUCUCAGCUUGAGUCCUGGUCUACUGUAACUCUUCUUUAAAAUUGUUUAAUUGACAAAUCAUUUUAAAUGGUGUGCCCAGGUUUCAGUGAACUAGUCUCAGCUUGAAAUUUGGUUCAGUUAACUCCAUACAAGGGUCUCUUUUUGGUUAACAGUUUGGAGUAUAGAUUAACUGAAACCUGACAUUUUAACUGAAUUUUACCUUCUUCCUUAGGAACAUGAGCUCUGGCGGCAACACAAAGAAUUCAGUAAACACUAUUUUUGCAGAAUUGUUGUUGUCAGUUAACUGAAACUACAGCACAUUCCAAUCAAUUGGCUGCAGUAAAGAACUGAAGAGAUGGUAUGAUAACAACUGCUCUAUUUGUUCUAUCUAAUCUGUUCUUUUCUAUUUAAGAAAAAUAUAAGCAUGCAUUUACCAGUAGGCGAGAUCAUCUAGCUAAUUUGUAGUGUUAUUAUUGUCUAAAUAGGAACAUUUUACCUCAUUAAAAGUACAGCCAUCUCCAAAACUACAACACAUUUAGCUACUGAACAUUUACCUGGUGAGAUGUUUAGUCAUGCAUCCUAAUUUAGACGUUGUUGUGUGUUUAAGUAAUCUGUCAGAAGUGUUUAUUUCCACGCAUGCAUUAUCAAAUUGGUUGUGAGCCGUAAGGUGGAAUGCUUAGUAUUUUUUCUCAUACAGGAAACUUGCUCAGUUCAAUUAAUUCAGCUCCAAUGGCGGUAUCUGUAAGACAUGGAAGUGUGCAAUUUUUCUGUAUGUGCUCUCAUAUUUUUGCUCAUGCAUGCUUUUUUCAGUUAGUUUUUCCCACAUUUUGGAAAGAACCAUGCACAAAGGAAACAAACACUUCAUCUGAUGGUGUACCUUCUUAAGCUAGCAGUACUCUGAUGGAGUACCUUCUUCAGAGGGCAAAUAACACCAGCAGCAGCAGUCACGGCGGCAGUCAACA